ACGAACGGCCACACUAAAGGGGAGUGAAAUUGAUUUUCUGAUAAAAUUUUUCGCUUGAAGCUCCUGCAUCGGACUCUUUUUAUGUAUAUAUCUUAUAUUUGAAUAUAAAUAUAUAUAUUACCGACUUGGACUAACCACCAGAUAGCGCACAAGAUGAUCGGCGGCCUGUUCGUCUACAACCAUAAGGGCGAGGUGCUGAUCUCGCGAGUUUAUCGCGACGACAUCGGCCGCAAUGCUGUGGACGCCUUUCGGGUCAACGUCAUCCACGCCCGCCAGCAGGUUCGUUCUCCAGUGACCAACAUUGCGAGGACCAGCUUCUUCCACAUCAAGCGGGCAAACAUUUGGCUGGCGGCUGUGACCAAGCAGAAUGUGAAUGCCGCUAUGGUCUUUGAGUUCCUGCUGAAGAUCAUCGAAGUUAUGCAGUCAUACUUUGGCAAAAUCUCUGAGGAGAAUAUCAAGAACAACUUUGUCCUCAUAUACGAGCUGCUGGACGAGAUCCUCGACUUUGGCUAUCCACAGAACACGGACUCCGGCACCCUGAAGACCUUCAUUACGCAGCAAGGUAUCAAGUCGGCCACCAAGGAAGAGCAGAUGCAGAUAACUUCCCAGGUCACUGGCCAGAUUGGCUGGCGUCGGGAGGGCAUUAAGUAUCGGCGCAAUGAACUCUUCCUGGACGUCCUUGAGUACGUUAACCUGCUUAUGAGCCCACAAGGUCAGGUUUUGUCCGCUCAUGUGGCCGGCAAAGUUGUGAUGAAGUCGUACCUCUCGGGCAUGCCCGAGUGCAAGUUCGGCAUCAACGACAAGAUCGUGAUGGAGUCCAAGGGACGCGGCCUCUCUGGUAAUUCGGAAGCGGAAACCUCCCGCUCCGGCAAACCCGUGGUAGUCAUCGAUGAUUGCCAGUUCCAUCAGUGCGUCAAGCUUAGUAAAUUUGAGACGGAGCACUCAAUCAGUUUUAUCCCGCCGGACGGGGAGUUCGAGUUGAUGCGCUACCGCACUACCAAAGACAUUUCGCUGCCAUUCCGUGUCAUACCUCUGGUUCGGGAGGUGGGCCGUACAAAGAUGGAGGUUAAGGUGGUGUUGAAGUCUAACUUUAAGCCUUCGCUGCUCGGCCAGAAGAUUGAGGUGAAGAUACCCACGCCGCUGAAUACAUCGGGAGUGCAAUUGAUUUGCCUGAAGGGCAAGGCCAAGUAUAAGGCUUCGGAAAAUGCAAUCGUGUGGAAGAUCAAGCGUAUGGCCGGCAUGAAGGAGACACAGCUGUCGGCUGAGAUCGAGUUACUGGAAACGGACACCAAAAAGAAAUGGACUAGGCCGCCCAUUUCAAUGAACUUCGAGGUGCCGUUUGCGCCAUCCGGCUUUAAGGUGCGCUACCUCAAGGUGUUCGAACCCAAGAUUAACUAUUCCGACCACGAUGUGGUUAAAUGGGUUCGCUACAUCGGUCGCAGUGGCCUCUACGAGACGCGCUGCUAGGGCGGCCACCCAUCGCCACCACGGAGCAAGAGUAUCACAGUUGAAUUUAACGAAAUGAAUGGAGAACGUGUUACCGCAUCUAUUGGUAUUUCCUCAAUCAAAUUGAACCAGCAGUUAAUGUAUUCCAAGAUUAGUUCCAGCAAGUCCGGACGACGCUCGAGUAGCGGGCCCACCCCGGACACCUUAUGCCGUAUACCGCACACACUGCCUUCGCAAGCACUGGUUAUGCGGGCGGGUAGUGUUCCCUAUAGACAUACCACUAGGUACUAUGAUUUAUCCCUACUAUGUAAUUGUAAACUAUGUUGUUUUUAUAUGCGUCGCGGGACGCCUCUCAAAUCUCACGCUCACGUUUUCACAACUUUAAUUAUUAUUUGUAUUAUCGUAUUAUAAAUAUAUACAUAUAUAUAUAUUAAUCAUUAUUUUCAUUGUGCAAAGAACAAAGGCGAUAACUGCAACUAAGCGUAUUUAAUAGACCAAAACUCUCUGUCAACGCUAUCAAUAUUGAUAUUCAAGUGUUAAUAAUAUUCGAAUUGUUUAAUAAAUUAGCAUGAUAUAUAUACUAAACGAA